UUGAAAGGGGGGCACUCGCUGGGCGCGCGCCGCCGCGCAGGGCGGGGGACUGUGGCCCCGGGUCGCACGCGCAGAGGCGCGCACGUGACCCCCCCCUCUCUUUUUCCUCACUCCCCCACCGCCGCCCGUGAGGGUGCCUUGCUUCCUCCUCCUCCUCCUCCUCCUCCCCGCGCCGCCAGUGCCUCAGCGCCGUGCGCGGAGCCGAGCCGAGCCCGGCGGCCGGAGCGGCGGCGCCACACCCCCCUCGCCGGAUCCGCGCGGCGCGGCCGAUGGCGUUCUCCCCCGUGGCCGUGGGCUCGGAGGUGCCGCCGGAGCCGGGCGGCAGCGGGAGCCCGGGCGAGGCGGCGGACGGAGAGCGGGAGCUGCCGCCGCGGCCCGGCGAGAGGCUGGUGCCCGGCAGCCGCCUGAAGGAGGUGGUGGGCGCGUCCUUGGCGUCGCUGUGCCUCGGCCCCCUCGCCGGGCCGCAGCGCCUCGGGACCCUGGUGGACUGCCUGGUGCUGAACUACCGCCUGCGGCAGGGGCUGGGCUGCGGCCGGGGCCGCGGCCCCGCGGCCGAGGGGCCGCUGCGCUGCUGCGGCUGCGGCAGGUUCCUCGGCGAGCCGGUCACCGUCCCGUGCGGGCACACCUACUGCCGCCGCUGUCUCCGGAGGAAGCUGCGGGCCCGCUGCCGCCGCUGCCGGGACUGGCUGCUGCCGGCGGGGGGCACCAGCUCGGCCGCUGCCCCGCUGCGGACCAGCGUCGUCCUCAGCCAGCUGGCGGAGAAGUGGUUCCCGGGCGAGUGCGAGAGGGCGAGGACCGGGAGCCGGCUGGAGGAGCUGCUGGCCCAGGGACGCUUCCCGGAGGCUCUGGGCGCCGCCAGCCAGGCUUUGCGAGCAGAUUCCAGUGACUUUAUGCUAAGGAUUUACAGAGCUGAGUCGUAUGUUGGCCUCCAAGAAUAUAAAACAGCCAUAGAAGAUCUAAAUUUUGUUAUCUCUAAAAUGCCAAAUUGGCCAGAGGUCUACUUCCAGAAAGGAAAAGUGCUGCAAGACUCUGGCUUUGUAGGUGAUGCCUUACAACUGUUUCUACAGUGCUUAGCCCUUGAUGAGGACUUUCUUCCAGCCCAGCUAGAAGUAGAAAGGACAUUGUGUGAUGUGCUGUCACCAGAGAAGUUAGGAGAGAGUCUGAAGGAAUCUGCUUGGAAUUCACCACAUAUUCGAAAUAAACCUUUUAUACUUGGUUCUGAGGUGACUGAGUCUUACAGCAGCUUACAGCUUUGUCCUGAGCCGAGUUUAGGAGGAUCAGAUGUACUGGAUCCUGUCAGUGGAAGCUUAAAUCGUGCAUGGUCUACCCAUGCUCUUAAUUCAACAAAAGAACUUGCCAAGGAAGAUGGAUUAAAGAGAGUGUCUUCUGAACCCCUUCUUUCUGGCCAAGAAAAAGGUGUUUUGUUGAAAAGAAAGCUUUCCUUUUCAGAACAGGAUACAGCUGUAUGUGAAGAUGGAAGAAACAAACACAAAAAGCAAGGAGAAAGUACAAAAAGGGAUGUGACACUGGCUUUUGGAACAAUUCCAGGGAAUUUGAUCGAUGUAUCAGAUUUUGAGUGCUCUCUGUGUAUGAGGCUAUUCUUUGAGCCAGUGACAACCCCUUGUGGACAUACUUUUUGCAAAGGUUGCUUGGAACGGUGUUUAGACCAUGCUCCUCAGUGUCCACUCUGUAAGGAAAGUUUGAAAGAGUACCUUGCAAGCAGGAAAUACAGCAUCACAGAACUGCUGGAGGAAUUAAUAAUAAAGUAUUUGUCUGAUGAAUUAUACGAGAGAAAAAGAAUUCAUGCUGAAGAAACCGCUGAACACUCAAACUUGACCAAGAAUGUUCCAAUGUUUGUUUGCACUAUGGCAUAUCCUACUGUGCCUUGCCCUCUACAUGUGUUUGAGCCAAGAUACCGACUAAUGAUUCGCAGAAGUAUGGAAACUGGAACUAAACAGUUUGGGAUGUGUAUAAGUGACUCUCAAAAUGGUUUUGCAGAUUAUGGAUGCAUGCUGCAAAUCAGGAAUGUUCAUUUUCUACCUGAUGGACGGUCUGUUGUUGAUACAGUUGGUGGAAAGAGAUUUAGAGUUUUACGGAGAGGGAUGAAAGAUGGUUAUUGCACUGCAGACAUCGAAUAUUUAGAAGAUGUUAAGGUUGCUAAUGAAGAAGAACUAAAGAAACUGAGAGAACUUCACAAUUUUGUUUACAAUCAGGCCUGCAGUUGGUUCCAAAACUUAAGAAACAAAUUUCGCACUCAAAUACUUCAACACUUUGGGCCAAUGCCUGAUAGGGAGGAAAAUAUACAGGCAAUGCCCAAUGGUCCUGCUUGGUGUUGGUGGCUUCUAGCUGUUCUCCCAGUAGACCCCAGAUAUCAGCUGUCAGUUCUCUCCAUGAUGUCUUUAAAAGACCGUCUGAUAAAAAUCCAGCAUAUACUCACAUAUUUUUCUAGAGACCAGUCCAAGUGACUAACCGCCUGGGUCUUCCUGAAAAGUUACUCUGUUCUGGUUGUAGUAGCAGCUGGAAUUUUUGCUGCCUUUGCACAUCUAGCACUGGUUUGAGAAGUGUAAUGGAACCGCUUUUUCUCUCUCCUCACCCUCCUGACUUCCUGAACCACGUGGUUCUUUGAAUGCACACUUUCCUCAACUAUGAGAGAAGACCACUGACAACUGCACAAAGUCAAUCCAGCUAGAUAUGUUUUUCAUGUUAUCUACACUACAAUUUGCACUAUGUAGAAGAGAACCUUUUUGAGACUUGAUAAUUUUAGCCACUGACUUUUUAAAGCUGUGGGAAGCGCAGGACUUAAGGCUGACAGUCCAGGUUUACAACAAUGAGGAGGUAUUAAAGGUUUUGCAAAUGUUUGCCUCAUACAACUGUUCUUUUGCUGUUUGCACAAAUAUUUGAAAUCUGGUAUUGAAUGUCACUGUCGGAUAUUGCUACUCUUGUUGAAUUGUUUUGACCAUGAAUAUGGCACAGAUUUUUAAGUUAUCUUGUAAAUGUAUGCAUCACAAAACAGGUGACAUGAACUGUAUGCUGAACUGAGAGCCAACUUUAAGGAACAAA